AUGCUUAGAUUAUGGAAAAAGAUGACUAAGAAGAGUAUAAUCAACAUAAUAGGAACUACAGGAGUUGGAAAAUCUCAACUAUCCAUUGAGCUAGCCAAGAGGUUUAAUGGGGAAGUCAUCAAUACGGAUAGUAUGCAAAUGUACAAAGGACUUGAUAUAAUAACCAAUAAGCAUCCCAUUAAAGAAAGAGAGGGAAUUCCUCAUCAUGUUAUGAAUCACGUAGAUUGGAAGGAUGAAUAUUUCCUGCAUACGUUUGAAAAAGAAGCACUCAAGGCCAUUGAAGAUAUCCACGGUAGGGGAAAGAUCCCUAUCCUGGUUGGAGGAACCCAUUACUAUUUACAAUCUAUUCUAUUCCAUAACAAGGUGAUUAAAACAGGAGGUAGUGCAAAGGAUGAAGAGACUAGUUCAACCCUUACCCCACAUGAAAGACAAAUGAUUGAAGGACCUCCAGAAGAAUUGAUCGGACACCUGAAGGAAUUAGAUCCCAUAGUGGCUGAAAAGUUUCAUCCAAACGACCAUAGACGUAUAAGAAGAGCAUUAGAAAUAUACUUACUGACAAAGAAGCCUGCUUCAGCAUACUAUGAUCGGCAGAGGGAAGAGGAACGUCAACAGUCGUCAUUGAGGUUUAACACUCUGAACGUUUGGCUAUACGCAGAUCAAACGGUGCUAGAUGCUAGAUUAGAUUCCAGAGUAGACACAAUGCUUACAGAAGGUGGCUUAGAUGAGAUUCAACAAUUAUAUGGGUAUUAUAAGUCUUUGGAUUCUCAGCCAAAUCUGCAACAUGGAGUUUGGCAAGUCAUUGGGUUCAAGGAGUUUAUCACAUGGCUUAAUGAACCUUCAGAAGAAAGUCUACAAGCUGCCGUGGAACAAAUGAAAGCAAGAACAAGACAAUAUGCUAGAAGACAGGUGAAAUGGAUAAAGAAAGUCCUUGCCAACGAAUUGUUGAAGGAAAAAGCACACGGAUAUCCCAACGGCGGCCAAAUAUAUAUUCUGGAAGCUACAAAUUUAAAUCAGUGGAAAGAAAACGUUACUUCAAGAGCAUUAGAAAUCACCGAUGCUUUUUUAGAAUUCCGACACAUAGAACAACCCUUCGCCUCAGGCCACCUAAUUGACUUACUACCCCAAGAAGCUUCCUCCUCCGAAAAGGAGAGAAAAAAAUGGAAACACUACGAAUGCGACACGUGCAAAGAUGCAGAUGGGAAUAAAGCUAUAUUCGUUGGUGAUCAGUAUGAGAUACAUCUUGCAAGUAGGAGGCAUAGAUCUGCAAUGAACAAACUGAAGAAAAGACAGGAGCGUGAGCAUUAUAUUACAGGAAAAGAUGCUAUGAAGAAGGCCAAGUGUGAUAAACAAGAAUCUAGCCAAAUUUAA